ACUAAAGGGCAUCCCAUAAUUCUGUGUGAUUCAGUCCAUCUGCUGGACAAAGGCUGGCUGAGCUCUUGGCAAGAAGAGAGGGAUAGAGAGAGGGAGUGAGACAGACGGCAAAAGAACACCGGAAGAAAGGAAAAGAAGAGGGGGAUUUUAGUCAGCAGGCCAAAAAAAAAUAAAAUAAAUAAAUAAAAAUAAUAUCAAUUAAAAGACUGACGGAAAAAGGGCAGAAACAACUUCUUCAGCGACAUACAACAACAAAUCCGCGAUCGAGCUUCUCCUUUGACGUCACAGCAGCCUUCACUGCGGAUCAACGGUUCUGCUGACUCCAACCCUUCCGCCCGUCCAUCUCUCCAUCUGUCUGUCUCUCCGUCUGCCUAUCUCUCUGUCUGUCCCGCCCGCCCGCCCGUCCGUCCUUUCAGUCGGACAGCCGCCGCCGCCGCCGCCAUGUGCUGUACGGGGAAGUGUUCCAGGCUGGUGGGCCUCAUCCUGCUGCCCACGGCCUUCGCCUGCAUGAUCGCCAACGUGCUGCUCUUCUUCCCCAACGCCCAGCCGCUGGACAGCGGCAACAUCGGCCUGCAGGUCUGGCUCAUGGGGGGCCUCAUCGGAGGCGGGCUCUUCAUGCUGUGUCCCAGCUGCUCAGCUAUCAGAGCAGGGGGAAAAGGUUGCUGUGGAACCGGUUGUUGUGGAAACCGUUGCCGAAUGCUGAACUCCGUGUUCUCCUCGGCGUUCGGUCUGGUGGGCGCGAUCUACAGCACGAGCGUUUCGUCGGCCGCCCUGGCCAUCGGUCCCAAAUGUCAAGUUGCGUCCGGGGAGUGGAAUUACCCAUUCGAGAAUCUCGCCAAAAACGAGAGCUACCUGGUGAACGAGGAGCUGUGGACGGAGUGCGAGAAGCCGGAUAACAUCGUGCUGUGGCACAUCGUCCUGUUCUCCAUCAUACUGGGGCUGGGCCUCAUACAGAUGGUGCUGUGCGCCAUUCAGGUGCUCAACGGCUGCCUGGGGUGCCUGGGCGGAGACUGCCGCAGCAGCAAAGACAAGGAUGACGGGGGAUUGUAAGAGAGAGAGACGAAUUUAAGAUUUAAAAACAUGUUCCCCGUUAUUUCACCCUGCGCUCCUGUUCCUCUUCUCUGCUGCCAGUACUUCUGGAGGACCCUCCUGUUCACAGCUUGGGGGUUACAUACAUAUCUGUUUUGUUUGGGGGGGGGGGAGGGGGGGGGGAUAUUUUUCUGUUUAUUAUUUCUUACACUGAAAAAAAAAAAAAAAAAAUCUUUCUGCAGUAAUGUUAAAGCUCACAGGUAAAUGACUGAAACGUGUGUCUGUGUGGUGGAACUGCUCUUUUUCUAAUCAUUGUAGGACAUUUCCAGUCCGGUUCGCUCUUUGCACUUGUCCGUUUAGCUAUUUUGUCCAGUCGAUUAAAUUGAAUUUCGCCUUAUUAUUAUUAUUAUUAUUACUAUUAUUAUUUUUACUUAUUCAGUAGCAAGUCCUAUCUUAAAGACAACCACAGUCCUAUCGCACUUGCACACAGGGAACCAUUAUUACAGGGAAGGUCUCGUUUAGAUAAUAACAAGACCCACCGGACUUUGCUAUGUAUUUUGUAAUUUUUAUUGCUUUAUUUGUACGUUUUGGUCGCUGACUCGCUGUUGAUAGAGUGAUUGAUGCAAAUGUUGUAUCACGUGACAUAAUAAAAUGAUUGAUUUCAUUCA